CUUUUUAUGGCAGUGCAUUUUCACGACUUUCAGCAGACUUUGACUUACGGAAAAUCGAGAUAUCCAUUGAGGUAUUUUAUUUCUCUAGCCAUUUGAAUUUUGUAGCUUGAUAUAAUUAGCCAUUUCCUUGGUCGACUCCGGACUCCAGAACCGUCACAGCAAAAUACUUUGUGGGAUUCUGUGGAUUUAUUUUGUCAAGGAGCGACGAGAACUCGUUUUGUUACGAACUUGGAGUCAGUUAUGGUGUGGAUCUAUACCGGACCCAUCUGCUGCAAAUAUGGAGCCAGAAAUAUCUAAACCGGAAUCUUCUUUGGGAAUAGUGAUUUUCCAGUAUUUCUGCAUUGCACUAACAGUUAUUAUUCCCGUAAUAUGGAAACUGUACGAUUCUUCCCCCGCAUUUCGUUAUCAAGCCAAGAUGUUUUUUUACAUGACGAUAGUGUAUCUCACAAGCUCCCUUGUGAUUCCGUUAUCACUUAAGGAUCCCCGAAAUCCCGAUAAUACAAGGAGCAUCACAGGAUGGUUAUUUUUAAAUUUAUUGAGAGGGAAAGAAUUAUUUGGAAUUCAAGUGGAAAAACGUGGCGAGGAAAAUUUUCGUAAAGCUGGAGAUGGUUCAUAUGUUGUGAUCAGUAAUCAUCAGUCUUCCUUGGAUAUGAUACCUUUAUUCGAUGUUGUACCGGAACGAUGUACCGUGUUAGCCAAAAAAGCGCUAUUAUUUGCUGGACCUUUUGGUUUGGCUUGUUGGUUGUGUGGAGGGAUAUUUGUGGAUCGCCGUCCCGGCAAAGGAAGGGGGACUAUGGAUGGUGCUGCCUCGGAAUUGAAGAAAAAGAAUGCAAGGAUAUGGAUAUUCCCCGAAGGAACGCGGAACCACGGAGAUGGCUUACUACCAUUUAAGAAGGGAGCGUUUCAUUUGGCACUUCAAGCAAAGGUCCCCAUAGUGCCCAUUGUUGUGUCAUCCUACAAGUCGUUCUACGAUAAAAAGACUUGGAAAUUUGAGACUGGGAAAAUGAUAACGACUGUGCUUCCUCCUAUUGAUACCAGUGCGUACUCGGUGGAUACUAUAAACGAUUUGAUCGAAAAAGCCAGAAAUGAAAUGAUGGAUGUCUUCAUCAAAACCUCGAAAGAAAUUGAUCCGAAUUUCGUUCUUGAUCCGUACGAUGGGAAAGCAGACAAGCGAUCGUAGUACUAGUGUUGGUACUACGUUACCGGUGUUGUUUAGCGACUUCUGUUAUGUACCAGUGUAGUUACGGGUUGUUACGUGCGCAACUGGUGGAACUGAUUUAGUCGCAAUUCUUAUUGAAUAAGCUCAAAUAUAUAGCUAGUUUUAUCUGGAAAACAUUGUUAGAACCUCACAGCAAAAGAGAGUUUGACGGAAUCAAAAAAGUUGAG